UGUGAGAGGACUGUGGCAGUGUUUUGUGGAGACUUGAGACUUUUAUCCAGACGGUUUCCCGCUCUCGGCUCUCCGGUUGUCACGACCAACAGGUGGAAGCUGAUUGGACGAUUCAAGGCCAAUAAAAACCUUCGGUCUCUCUGCGGCUUCUCCUCGUCAUGGCAACCAAAUGGGCCUCCACGAAAUGGGAGGCGGUGAAGGAACGCAUGACAGGAAGUCCCGGCAACGACCCAGACGCCACGCUGGAGGCCAAUCUGGAGAACGCCGACCCCGAGCUCUGCAUCAGACUACUGCAGGUUCCCACGGUGGUGAACUACUCUGGUCUGCGGAGGCGUUUGGAGAGGAGCGACCAGGCCUGGAUGGUCCAGUUCCUGGAGCUGCGGGGUCUGGACCUGCUGAUGGAGGCGUUGGAGCGUCUGUCGGGUCGCGGCUGCGUCCGAAUCUCUGACGCUCUGCUGCAGCUGACCUGCGUCGCCUGCGUCCGAGCCGUCAUGAACUCGUUCGAAGGACUGCACUUCAUCCUGGACAACCAGGGCUACGUCAGGACCCUGACCCAGGCUCUGGACACGUCUAACGUCAUGGUGAAGAUGCAGGUGUUUGAGCUGCUAGCGGCUCUCGCUCUGUUUGACCCUCGGGGACACCGUCUGGCCCUGGACGCCCUGCACCACUACAAGAGUGUGAAGAAGCAGCAGUAUCGUUUCAGCGUGAUCAUGAACGAGCUGCAGGCCUCCGAUAACGCCCCGUACCUGGUGACGCUGCUGAGCAUGGUCAACGUCCUCGUGUUGGGACAGGACGACCUGAGGAAGAGGGACCGUCUGAGACAGGAGUUCAUCGGAUUACAUCUGCUGGAUGUACUGCCCAGACUGAGGGAGACUGAAGACGUGGACCUGAACAUCCAGUGUAAUGCGUUUGAGGACUCUCUGAUGGAGGAUAAGGAGGAGAUGGAGAGACUGUACGGAGGCAUCGACAUGAGCAGCCAUCAGCAGGUCUUCAGCUCGCUCUUCACCAAGGUGUCUGGGAGUCCAUCCUCUGUCCAGUUGCUGUCCAUCCUCCAGGCCUUGCUGUUGGUGGAUCCAGACCGAGCCGAAGUCUGGUCCUCUCUGGAGCUGCUGGCAGACCGAGCCACCCUGCUGUCCCAGGACGGUGACUUAGAAUCUGCUGACUGUCUGCUGGAAAGGCUCCUACCCCAAAAGUCCCUCUCAGCCAAUCACAAGGUCCGAACCGUCGACAGAGCGGUGCAGACUCAACUACAAGACAAAGACAGUCCUUCUGCUACGCCAUGUGCUCCUCCCCCUCCUCCCUUACCUGGUUUAGGGCCUCCUCCCCCUCCUCCCUUACCUGGUUCAGGGGCUCCUCCCCCUCCUCCCUUACCUGGUUCAGGGGCUCCUCCCCCUCCCCCCUUACCUGGUUCAGGGCCUCCUCCCCCUCCUCCCUUACCUGGUUUUGGGGCUCCUCCCCCUCCUCCCUUACCUGGUUCAGGGGCUCCUCCCCCUCCCCCCUUACCUGGUUCAGGGCCUCCUCCCCCUCCCCCCUUACCUGGUUCAGGUCCUCCUCCACCUCCUCCCUUACCUGGUUUUGGGGCUCCUCCCCCUCCACCCUUACCUGGUUUAGGGCCCCCUCCCCCUCCUCCCUUACCUGGUUUUGGGGCUCCUCCCCCUCCCCCCUUACCUGGUUCAGGGGCUCCUCCCCCACCUCCCUUACCUGGUUUUGGGGCUCCUCCUCCCCCUCCAGGUGACUUCAUCGUAGCCCAGACAGUUCAGGGUUUGGGCAGGUCAUAUUUUAGCCCCGCCCCCUGCCCCACCCUCCGUAUGAAGAAGCUGAACUGGCAGAAACUCCCGUCAAGAGCAGUGAUAGCUCAGCAGUCCCUGUGGACGGCGACGUCUGUAGAUUCGGUAGAACCGGAUUACUGCAGCAUCGAGCAGCUCUUCAGUCUUCCUCCAACUGAGACCAAGACCAGAACCCAAGCCAAGACUGAGCCCAAAGAGAUUUCCUUCAUCGAUGCCAAGAAAAGCCUGAACCUCAACAUCUUCCUGAAGCAGUUUAAAUGUUCCCAUGAGGACUUUGUGUCUCUGAUCCGGAGAGGAGACAGGUCCAAGUUUGAUGUGGAGGUCCUGAAACAGCUGAUCAAACUGCUGCCAGAGAAACAUGAGAUAGAGAACCUGAAGUCUCUCCAGGUUGACAGGGACAAGUUGGCGUCUGUGGAUCGGUUUUACCUGCAGCUGCUGGAAGUCCCCAGUUACUCUCUGAGGAUAGAGUGUAUGUUGCUGUGUGAGGAGAGCAGCUGUGUGUUGGAGACUCUGAAGCCCAAAGCUGAGCUGCUGAACCGAGCCUGCCAGAGUGUGAAAGAGAGCGUCCGUCUUCCCAGCUUCUGUAAACUCAUCCUGAGUGUUGGAAACUUUCUCAACUAUGGGACUCACACGGGGAACGCUGAAGGUUUUAAGAUCGCCACUCUGCUCAAACUGACAGAAACUAAAGCCAACAAGUCCAGAAUCACACUGCUGCACCACAUACUGGAGGAGGCGGAGCAGAACCAUCCGGACCUGCUGAACCUACCCGAUGAUUUGGAGAUAUGUGAAAAAGCUGCUGGAGUGAAUCUGGAGUCGAUUCAGUCUGAAAGCAGCUCUCUGAUGAACCGGCUGAUAAACUGUGAGAAGAAAGUUUCCUGUUCCUCGGACCUGAAGGAGCAAUACCUGCCGCCCAUACAGGAGAGUCUGCAGGCGUGCAAGCAGCUGCGCCAGAUGUUGUCCUCGGUGGAGGACCGCAGGACCGAUCUGUGCGUCUACCUGUGUGAAGACAGCAGCAGCUUCUCCGUAGACGAACUCUUCAGCACCAUCAAGACCUUCAGAGGCCUUUUCCUCCGAGCCAUGCAGGAGAACCAGAGUCGUCGGCAGCAGGAGAAGAGGAUGAAGCAGCAGGAGGAGGACAGGAAACUCAAAGGAGAAACUAAAAAGAUCGUCAGGAAGGACGUGUCCAAGCAGGACGAAGGCUGCAUCAUCGACAACCUGCUGGCUGAGAUCAAGAAAGGUUACAACCUGAAGAAGACGCGGCCGCCAGCCGAGAGGGCCGCCAGAGUCCCCGAUCCUCCUGCGGCCGUAGCGAGGUCAUUGGCUGUGGACGAGCCCGACUCGUCUGUUUCCAGCCAAUCAGAGAAGCCUGCAGCUGCAGCACAGGAAGUCCAGAUCCUCUCCGAUCCAGAACCAGAGUCCCAGCAGAGCCCGACGCCCGGACUAACCCCACACACCGCUGAGACUCACCAAGACUCCCAGGAGACCCAGAACCCCUCUGGAUCCUCUGGACCCUCUUCAGGACUCUCUGGACCCCCCUCUGUUCCCUCCUCUGGACCCCCCUCUGUUCCCUCUUCUGGACUCUCCUCUGGAUCCUCCUCUGCACCAUCUGGACCCUCUUCUGGACCAUCUGGACCCUCUUCUGGACCCUCUGAGCGGGACCAGAACCAGGACUUUGAGCGGGACCAGAACCAGGACUUAGAGUCCAGAGAACACAGAGACGAGUCUGGGUUUGAAGAGUUCACAACAGAUGAAGCCAGCAGCGGCGAACACGGUGCUGAUCCAGGAUCCUGGUCCCGGACCAGUCCCACAGGGUCGGAGGUCAGAUCCAAACAUAAAGCUAAGAGAGGCUGCAUGACGCACUGAGGUGGGCGGAGGAGAACUGGUCUCCACGGCGACGGGACUUUGUUGUCAGAAACACGGACAGCUGAUUGGCCGACGGGGCCGACAGUUUACCUGAGCAGCAGGACGUUAUGAGACGUAAUCAGUCUGAUGACCAGACAGUCUCUCAGAUCUACAGGAGGUCACGCUGUUUUCUCUCCGCUUCUGGAAGAUAUAUUUGGGGGUAUUUUGCUGGGGCACGGGAGGGUUG